AUGACAACAUCAUCUUCUUAUGCAAUUGGUGUCGAUGUUGGAACAGGAAGUGUUCGGUGCAUGAUUUUUGAUGAUAAAUGGAUACCUGUCGUUCAAUAUAAGAAACCGAUUUGUAUAUAUCAUUCAUCAUCUGCUCCACUUGAAUAUGAACAAUCAUCAACUGACAUUUGGCAAGCAAUUUGUUAUUGUGUUCGAAAAUGCUUCGAACUUGGAUCAUUUACAUCUGAACAAAUAGGACUUAUUCGUUCGAUUGGUUUUGAUGGCACGGGUUCACUUGUUGUUGUUGAUGAAAAAUAUGAACCUGUUAGUGUUUCUCGUUCGGGUAAUAAUGAACAAAAUAUAAUUAUGUGGCUUGAUCAUCGGGCACAUGCUGAGCCAGCUAUAAUUAAUUCAAGUUCAGAUGAAGUGUUAAAAUAUUUUGGUGGUAAAAUUAAUCCUGAAAUGCAACCAGCAAAAAUAAUGUGGCUUAAACGUAAUUUAGCUAAUGAGCAAUGGACACGUGCACAUUUUUUUGCUUUACCUGAUUAUUUACAUUUUCGUGCAACUAAACAAUUCGAUCGAUCAAUUUGUUCAUCUGUAUAUAUAUGUUAUCGUUCAUCGGAAACUAAACAUGGAUGGGACGAAAAGUUUUGGAUGAAAUUAGAUUUAGGUGAUUUAAUGGAAAAUAAAGGUGAAAAAUUAG